GCUAUUAACUUCAUAGUACGGACCUGGAUUACGCCGAAAUCGAAUCGAUAGCUCGAACGGAAGACAAAUCAACAAAAUCAAACGAACGGGUCAAAUUGAGCCAAAACACGAAAUCGACCAAUCGAUCUAGCGUGGAGAUAAAUCUGUCGGCGGUAUCAACCCAGGGCAGCGGCUGGGUGCGGCGAUGGUGGCGGACGCCGGCGUACAGUGGCGAGGCGGCAGCAGCUCCCAGAAAUCACGAACAGAGGAGCAGCUCCGGGCGACGGCGGCUGGAGGCUUGGCGGCGGUGCAACUCGACGGCGAUGGGCAGCGAUUGGCGGCGCUGCAACCCGACGGCGGUGGACGACCGACGCUGGCAGUGCAGGCGACGACCGCGGCUCGAAGAUUGGGAACCGUGGUCGGCGGCGCUGGACCUGGCGGUGAGCGGCGGACCUCUGGCGAGGGAGAAGCGGCGGCGAUUGGCUGGGGAAGGGCGACCGGCGAUGAGCGGCGACUGGCUCAGGCGACGCCGGCGUGGUCGAACGGCAGGGGAGGAUGACCGGCGAAGAACGGCGACUGGCUCAGGCGGCGAUCGGAAAUGAAGAAGAAGAAGGUGACGAUGUGCGGUUCUCACAGAUCCGAACGAAAGAAGAUAGGUUUAGGUUUUAUUUAAUGAUCUCAUUUCUAAAAGGAUUGAGCUUCGGACCCAAAAUACCUGAUUAAAUGGUCAUAACAUGAGCUCCAAAACUCCGAUUCGCGAGUCGUCUGAACCGACGCGAUCACAAAAAUAUUUCCUACGAGAUGACAUAAAAGUUGGGUUUAGAAUCCAAAUUAUAAUUUUAACCCCUUUUUGGGCCCAAUUCAUAAUCAAUUGCUCUAACAAUU